AUGAUUGGUGGAUCUUUGGUUGGGUCAGUACGUCACUGGGAUAUCAUUCCUUGGGAUCGAGAUUUUGACUUUUUCGUACCUAAAAAUGAUAAAGAACUUCUUGAACGUCAAUUUUCGAUAGAGCAACACGAAGUGCCUGUGUAUAUGCGACCAGGUAACUUAAAGCAUGGACCAACAAAGAUUUUUCCUGGAUCAAAAUCGAAAGUAAUCCCAUCUACAAGUCUUUAUCCGUUUAUUGAUAUAUUUUACUAUGACGAGAAUAAAACUCAUCUUUGGGAUCAUAAACUUUGUUGUCAUCAUAAUAUUAGAAAAUCUGCUGUAUUUCCGUUAAGUAUUCGACCACUUGGUUCUCUAUGGCUUCCUGCACCACGAAAUCCAUUCGGCUAUUUUCAAGAGUUGCAUCCACCUUUAUUUUCUCAUGUGGAAAGUGAAUGUCAUGUCAGAGGCUACGCCGCGAAUAUAAUGAAAGUAAUGUUUAAACCACCGAUGAUUGUACAAUGCAAAACUCUUUCUCGAAUGUAUCCAUUUGUAGAAAGAACAAAGAAUAAUAUUGAACGUCUUAUACUUGAUGGAGAAGUUUUACAAACAAUGUCAACUUAA